AUGGAUGAUACAAAUAAUCGAUCAACGCCAAGAUUACGAUUACGAUAAUAAUUAGGAUAAUAAAAAGUUAUAGAAGUAUAUUGAAUAGAAAUAUGUAGAGUGAUCCUAAAUAAAAUUAAAUAGCGAGAUUGCCAUCAGGUUAAAAAAAUGCAAUAACAUUACCUCGUUUGGAUAGCAGAGCUACAAUUCAAUAAUUAGGGAUAAAAGAUGUUGAUAAAGAGAUGAAUCAAUUAGAAUUAAGUAGUAAAGUUAGAGAUUUGGAAAUAAUGAUGAUAGAUUUCAAAGCUAAUAUUGAAAGAAGAAUAUAAAAGACUGUAGAGGAUAAUCCAUAAAAGUUUAUGCAAUCAAUUAAAUAAUUAGAAUCAUAAGAAAUGCUAUUAUGGAAAUAGGUAAAUGAUAAAUAGAUCAUAUUACAAGAUGCAAUGAGUCAGUUACGAAAUUAAGGAGAAAAGAAUAGAGAUAAUCUGUCUUAAAUGAUUCUUGAAUUAUAAAAGAAAAGUAAUGAUCAAGAACUUAAAUUGAGUGCUUUGAUUAAUUAAUAAGAAGGUAUUGAAUUAAAAUUGAAUGUCUCUAAACCAGCACCAUAAUAACUCAUUUAAGAUAAUCUUGAAGUUAAAUUGUUAAGAGAAGCAUUUAAUAAUGAGAAAACUCAUAGAGAUACGAUUGUAGAAGAUUUACAAAGAUAACAAUAAGAUUUUCAUUAUCGAUUGGUUAAGCAAGAAUCAGAAUUCUACAAUAAAUUAAAGUAAUAAAGGGAAGAGUUUUUAGAUUAGAAUGAAAAAACUAAAGUGAGUAUUAAAUCAUUAGAUAAUAUGAAAUUAGCAAAAAUUAAUUAGGAUUAAGAUUACAUUAAAAAUUUAAUUGGAAGUGUAGAAACACGUAUAGCAGAUGAAGUUGAAAGAAGAUUAAAGAGUGAAUUUGAUUAAAGGAAUUAAUUGGAAAAUAAAAUAUAAGCAUUUAAAGAAGAAAUUAGAAAUGAUGAGAAAUAAAUUCUUUUAGGAGAAUAAAAAUUCAUGAAAUAAAUGCAUGAUAGUGUUGCAUCAUUAAAUUAAAUCAUUAAAAAUACUAAAGAAUAAUUAGAGGCUAAUUUAGCUGCUUCUUAGACUAUUGUGACUGAAAAUAUUAAAUCUAUUUCUAAAACUGUUGAUAUUAUAAGAGAAUCAUCUUUAGCAAAAGUAGCUUUGAUUGAAUAAGGAUAAAAAGAAUUAAAUUUUAGAGUUGGAGAAACCAGAUAAAUGAUGCAUGAACAUGCUAAUCUUAUUAAUAAUAGUCUAUAAAAAGAAUUUUAGAAAUAAUAAGAAUUAUUAUAGAAUUAUGAAUCAUAAAUGCAAAAAUCUGUUGAUAUUUAAAAUAAAUUAUUAAAUGAUGAAAGAACUUUAAAUGAGGAUUGGAAAAAACAAUUUGCUUAAAAAAAUCUAGUUAUUUUUACUGAAGUUAGUACCAAUCUUAAAAAUAUUAAAGGUGAAUAAUUGAAGGAUAAAAAUGAAUUUUAAGAAAAUAUAAAAAAAAUAUCUAAUGAACUUGAAAAUUAUGAUAAAAAAUAUCUAUAAUUAAUGAAGAAUCUAGAUUAGAAAGUUACGUAAGGAUUAAGUUCUUAAGAAUUCAAAAUGGAUUAAUUAAGAAUAGAACUAUCUGAAAUAAUUAAAAAUAUAUAGUUGCAAUACAAUAUCUAAUUACAUGAAUAAAUACAUUUUGCUAUUGAAAGUGCAAAAAAGGAUGCAACUCAAUAAGUUUUAGAGUCUUCAUAAUAAAUUAAUGAAAGAAUAUCAAGGGAAAUUGAAAUGACUGAUUAAUAAACAAAUGCAAAAUUAGACAGUUUGUCUAUUUAAAUGAAAGAUCUUAUAAGAAAUAGAGAAGAAUAUAUUUUAUAAAAAUUGUAAUCUAUGAUUGAUGAAGAAAAAGAGUUGAGAUAAAGACUUUAAGAAUUAAUUGAAAAAUAUGGAGAUAUGGUUAGAAAAUUAAAGGAAGAUUUAGAUUAUGAAAUUUAACAAUUAAAAAGAGAAUAAGAUGAAAAAUUAGAUGAUGCUAUUUCCAAAAUUGAAAGAGAUUAAUAAGAUAAAUUUAAAGAAAUGGAAAGAUAACUUAAAUAAGAUAUAAAAAAUUCUGAAAAUCGAAUGACAUAAAAUUUAGAAGUAUUAAGUAUAGAAAUAAAAAAAAAUAACUAAUAAGUGAUGCUUUAUAUGGAUAAAUAAGUAAAUAAUCUUAAAUCAUAUGUCCAAUCAGAAUUAGAUUAAACUAAACAUGAUUUAAAAAUGAUGAUUAAAAUAAUUGAAGAUGAUGUAUUUAAAUUAAGAAUAUGGACUAUUAAAUAAAUAGAAAAAAUGGAUUAAGCUAUGAGAGAAAUUCAUAUAUAAAUAUAAAGUGAAAUGUAUCUAGAAAGAAUGUAUACUAUUACUACACUUGAAAACUUUUAAGAUCAUCUUAUCAAUAUAAUGAAUAAAGAAAAAUAAGAUAGAUUGUAAUGGUAAUUUUCAAUGGAGAAUUAAAUAAAUCAAUUAGAUAUAUCAUUAAAUAAUAAAAUUGAUUCUUUUAAUAAUAAUUUGUAAUAAUAAUUAGAUGAUGUAAAUUCCGAAUUUAAAUAAGCAGUUCAAAAUUUAAAUGAAUAAGUUAAUCAAUAAUUUUUAAAAUUAAAAGAAGAGUUUAAUUAAGAAUUAAAAGAUAUACAUGAAUAAGUAAAAGAAGCAGCUAAGAAUUUAGAAGAUAAAAUUAAUGAACAAAUUAAUAAAAUGAAUGAAGAAUUUAAUUAAUAAUUUAAUUAAUAUAAAAAUGAGGUGGACACUUAAUUUUAAGAGUUAAAUGAAAAAAUUAAAUAAGACUUAUAAGAUCUAUUUGAUGAAAUUAGUUAGAAACUUGCUUAAUUGAGAACUGAUACAUAAAAUGGAUUAACUUAAGUGGUUUAAUUACAUAUAACAUCAGGAAAUCAAUUGAAACAAUAAAUUGAUUAGAGUUUUGCAUAUUUUUAAUCUAAAUUUUAUUUAAAUGAACAAAUACGUUAAGCAAAUGAAGAAUUAGAUAAAGAAAGACAUACAGGAAUAAUUGGAAAAUUAUAAUUAUUAGUUAAAGAUAUGGAAAGACUUGAAGAAAAGAAAAAUUAAAUAAAGAAAGAUUUGAAUGAUUUUGUUAAAGGAGUUUAAAAUAAUUUUAAUAAUAUUACAGAUGCAAUAAAGGCACAUGGUUAAUUCUUAAAUGAACUUGAUGCAAAAUUAACAAUGGAAUAGAUUAUUUAAUAAACAAUUAAUGAAGAAUAAUAAUAUAAUUUAUAAGCAUAAUUAAUUUAAAUGAAUAAAUUUUCAGAUACUAAAAUAUAAGAAUUAGAAGAUAAAUUAACAAAUUUUGCUACAAUACACAAUUAAUUAGAAUAAAUUUAAAUAGAUUAAGAUGAAUAAAAUACUAAGUUCGAAAAAGAAUUAGAAAAUCAUAAAGAAUCUAUAAAGAAUUAAGAGGAAUAAUUAAAAAUUUAAGAAGAAUAAUAGAAAUUAAGUUAACUUUAAUAAUAAUAAAUUGUUGGUAGUGUUAAAUUAAUGUAAACAAUGAAUGGAGCUAUGGAAAUAAAUCUAUCUGAUUAUGUAAAAAGUUAAAUUGAAUAAACUUUAGAAUUAAUUUUAAAAAAUAAUUAAACCAAUCUAAAUAAUAUGUUAAAAUAAGAAUAAAAUUUAAAAUUAGUUAUUGAUGGAAAGAAUGAUUUAUAAAAUAAAAAUAUGAAAUUAAUAUCAGAUGAUGUUGGAAAAAUAAUAAAUGAUGUAAGUUUGAUGAAAGAAGAUAUAAAUACUUAAUUUUCAGAACUUAAUGAUAAAAUAUCUAAGUUGGCAAUUUAAGGAUAAGGUUCUAAAGAAUUGGAUUAGAAUAUGACAAAUUAUGGAAUUGCUUUAGAAACUUAUAAAAAAGAUUUAAUGUAAGAAAUAUAGACAUUAUAAUAACAGAUUGAUAAUUUAGGAUCAAAUGCUGCUUUUUAAAAUUAAGGAAAUUAAGAUUAGAGUAAACCAUAAUCAUAACCAUAAUAAGAUAAUAUAUUAAAAGAAUUAGAAUAACGAAUAAAUGAUAUUGAAUAGGAAUUGGAUAAGAAUAUAACAGAAAUAUAGUCUUUGAAUGAUUAAGUGAAAAACUUAAAAUCGAAUAAAUAGAUUUAAUCUCCAAAAUCAUAGACUCCUAUUAAUAAAAGUUAAAAUAAUUAGCAACAAAUCGAUGAGAUUAUUUAAGAAAUUGAAAGGAUGGAUGAAGAAUUACAAAAAUUAUAAAAAUAGUUAUUAGCAAGAACUUCUAUUGAUACUGGAGAUAAUAAUAAUUAAGAAACUAAAAAACUUAUUGAAGAUAUGAAAAUUAAUUCUGAAUAGUUUGAAGAAUAAAUUAUUUAAUAAGUUAAUGCUCUAAAAAAGUAAUUAGACUCUAAAACUUUUAAUCAAAAUAAAGGAAAUGAUGAAGGAGGAGUUACAGAAUAAUAAUUAGGAGAAUUUUAAGAUUAAGUUGGAGAAGAAAUGGAUAAAUUUGAAGAUAGAAUGAAAUAAUUAGAGGAAGAAAUUUAAAAUAUAAAAAAUUAAUAACCUGUAUUUAUUAUAUUAUAACUAAAUAGACAGGAGUUAUUGCAGAUACUGGAAAAAGUACAAAUAAUAAAGCUAUUGAAAGUAAAAUUACUUAAGUUGAAGGAAAAAUUAAUCAACUUGAUAGUAGAAUAUAAGAAAUAGAAACUAUAUUGGUUGAAUUUGAAGAUGUAUAAAAAGUAGUUGAAGAACAUGAUGAAAUUAUAGAAAAAUUAAAAAACAAUUGA